AUGGGUAUAAAAGGUCUCACCGCUCUGCUGAGCGAAAACGCACCGAGAUGUAUGAAGGAACAUGAGAUGAAGACUCUCUUUGGGAGAAAGGUAGCUAUUGACGCUUCCAUGUCGAUCUACCAGUUCCUCAUCGCAGUGAGACAGCAAGACGGUCAGAUGUUGAUGAAUGAAAGUGGAGAUGUAACCAGUCACUUGAUGGGUUUCUUCUACCGUACGAUACGAAUGGUAGAUCACGGGAUAAAACCAUGUUACAUCUUUGAUGGUAAACCACCUGAAUUAAAGGGUAACGUUCUUGCCAAGCGUUUCGCUCGACGAGAAGAAGCCAAAGAAGGUGAAGAAGAAGCACGAGAAACUGGUACGGCUGAAGAUAUUGAUAAGCUGGCUAGAAGACAGGUCAGAGUGACGAAAGAGCAUAAUGAGGAAUGUAAGAAGUUAUUGGCUUUGAUGGGUAUACCGGUGGUGACGGCGCCAGGAGAAGCUGAAGCCCAAUGCGCUGAACUUGCACGAGCAGGAAAGGUAUACGCUGCUGGUUCCGAAGAUAUGGACACUCUCACUUUCCACACGCCCAUACUCCUCCGACAUCUUACUUUCUCAGAAGCCAAGAAAAUGCCUAUCUCAGAGAUCAAUCUGGAUAUAGCAUUGCAGGACCUGGACAUGACCAUGGAUCAGUUUAUCGAAUUGUGUAUUUUACUUGGAUGUGAUUACCUCGAACCAUGCAAAGGGAUCGGACCUAAGACUGCCCUCAAGCUCUUGAGGGAACAUAACGGCUUAGCGGGAGUAGUCAAGUUUGUGAGAGGUAAAAUGGCAGAGAAAGAACAAGAAAAUCAGGUGAUUGCGUCUCAGCAUGACGACGAUGACUCGGAUAGAGAGAGCGAAGAAGGUGGAGGGGGCAUGAUGGUGAAUUCAGAUGGAGAGGAAGUACCCGUCAGUAGUCCCGUCAAGAAAUCACCAGCGAAGAAAAAGAAGAAGGUGACUAGUUCCGGUAUGCAAAUUCCUGAACAUUGGCCUUGGGAAGAGGCCAAACAGUUGUUCAUCACUCCUGAUGUGGUGAAAGGAGCAGAUUUAGAUCUCGAAUGGAAAGCACCUGAUGUAGAGGGAUUAGUAGAGUUUUUAUGUCGAGAUAAAGGUUUCAACGAAGAUAGGGUUAGAGCGGGAGCAGCCAAAUUAGCCAAGAUGUUAGCCGCUAAACAACAAGGUAGACUGGAUGGCUUCUUCACUGUUAAACCUAAAGAUUCUAGUACAAGUAAACCCGCUACUGGAGGAAAGAGGAAAGGCGAUGAGAAGGAUAAAGGCGGAGCUAAGAAGAAGGGAAAGAAGUAA